AUGGCGGCACGAAAACUCCAGCAAGAAGUCGACAAGUGCUUCAAGAAGGUGGCUGAAGGCGUGUCCGAGUUCGAGGCCAUCUAUGAGAAGAUCGAGCAGUCGACCAACCAGGCGCAAAAAGAAAAGCUUGAGGACCAGCUCAAGCGUGAAAUCAAGAAGCUGCAGAGGUUGCGCGACCAGAUCAAGACAUGGGCGGCCAGCAAUGACAUCAAGGAUAAGGCUCCAUUACUGGAGCAGCGACGGCUGAUCGAGACGCAAAUGGAGAAGUUCAAGGCGGUCGAGAAGGCCAUGAAGACCAAGGCGUACUCGAAAGAGGGGCUGUCAGCCGCCGCCAAGCUGGACCCCAAGGAACAGGCCAAGAUCGAGGCCAGCGAGUUCCUGAGCAACAUGGUCGAUGAGCUGGAGCAGCAGAUUGAGACGCUCGAGGCCGAGAGCGAGUCAUUACAAGCGACCAUGAAGAAGGGCAAAGGGCACGCUGCUAAGGCCGAACGUGUCGCCGAGAUUGAACGGAUCAUCGACCGACACAAGUGGCAUCAGGGCAAGCUAGAGCUGAUCAGACGGUCUCUCGAGAACGGUGGGGUAGAUGCCGAGCAAGUCAACGACCUGGAGGAAAGCAUUAAGUACUAUGUUUCCGACGGCAUGAACGGCGACUUCAUGGAAGAUGAAGGCAUGUACGAUGAUCUGAGCUUACAGGACGAAGAGGACGCGUAUGGAAUGAACCAGGACAACGACAAGACCUCCUCGCAAGACAACCAGUCGAUACAGUCGAGCAAAGAAAAGAAGGAGGAGGAACAGGAGGCUGAGCAGCCCGAAAAACCAUCAAAACCGGCCCCUGCUCUGUCUGGGAAGCAACGAGCGGCAGUUGAGGCGGCCACAAAUGCCGGGAGACGACCGUCGAACCAGCUCAAGUCACCCCUCCCAACGUUGGCUACUGUACAUACGACAUCAUCGUCCAACCUUAGCAAUGGAACUUCUGGACCUCAGAUGAAGCCGGCAGCGGUACCGAGCAGGUUGGCGGGCGAGGGUCUGAAGUACGCCAGCGCAGCAGCAGCCGCAGCUGCGAACGAGAAGAACAAUGUUGGCAUUGCACCAUUACCACCACCGCCAGCAAACGCUCCGGGCGGUCCAGGGCCACAGGGAAGAAUCAGCACCACUAACUCGCCACGGGUCCCCUCCUCACAACCGGCUGGGCAAGACAAGGCAAGCACUGCGGGGAGUUCGUCUACAGUUACGCCGGCAAAGGCGGGGGCAAGAAGUAAGGCUGCGGCACAGCCGCCGGCCCAAGCCGAGGCAGAAUCGUCGAAAGCGACAGCGCAGACGAAUGGUGCAAGCAACGUCAAGCCGAGCCAAGAAGCAGAAGAGGAGGAACCAAUAUAUCACUUGCCACCGUCUCUACAGGACUUAGUAGAUUCUUACGAAAUCUCGAAGAAGAGAGCCGCCGCUCUGAGCUCGCCAUCAACACAACGAAUGCAGGCUGUGUCGAAUGCGAGCAAGCCGUCCGCCCUGGAUGGCGAACCGCCGCGAAGCUAUCAGCCGGAGGUUAGGUUUUACUCGCAUACACGCUAUCCACAAGAGCCCCUGCCGAUCUUCGACGACCCGAGGUUGUACUCGCGCAUUGACUCCGACACGCUCUUCUACGUCUUUUACUACAAGCAGGGCACCUACCAGCAAUAUCUGGCAGCGCGCGCCCUCAAGGACCAGAGUUGGAGAUUCCACAAGCAAUAUCAGACUUGGUUCCAGAGACACGAGGAGCCCAAGCAGAUUACUGAGGAAUUCGAGAAGGGGACAUAUCGUUUCUUUGACUACGAGAGCACAUGGAUGAACCGGAGGAAGGCAGACUUUGAGUUCCAUUAUAAGUACCUCGAAGACGAGCUUGUCCACUUGAACACCGGUCAGUCAGUCAUGGCUUUGCGCUAUCGGAGACUAAGCAGCAAGAUCCCACCUGUCAAUUGGGAGGACCCUCCCGGCUACAUGGAUUUGGCCAUGUUGGGCAUCACAUCAUCCAGGAACGAUGAGACUUCUAGAGAAUUUGACGCUGUGUGGUAUCGGAAUGAGGCGAUGUGGGAUAAAAGUGAUGCUGCUUAG